UUAAUCUUUCAGCAGAAUUAUGUUUGUGUUCAUUUGUGCUCUUGGUGUUAGCGUGAGACUAUAGGGUUAAAUGGAAGACAUGUCUGCUUCAGUACAGAUCAUGUGUUCAUGCCACAGAGGAUGUGGUAGCUGUGUUUCAGACAUUGAUAACUAGCCAACAAUGAGAAGUGGGUCAAAAAGCACAUCAUAAUGCUCUGUUGAUGGAAAAUGGGGGUGCAUGUUUAAUUUGAUCCAUUCUUCGCAAGAAAACUAUUCUUCUGGACCUUGAAGGUUGUUUUAUUUUUGUUAUUUAUAUUUAUGUAACCUGUUACAAAUUUGUGCGGGACCUUAUGUGCCAAGUGAUGUUGUAUCUUGUUAUCGCAUUUUUUAUUUUCCCAGCAUAUGAAACUCAUGGUAUUGUGUCAUGUGUGAUGACAAGUCCGGUCCAAAGAGUUUAUGUUGGAGAAGAUGUCUAUUUGUUCUGCAAUUUCACCCAGUGUCCUAGACCUCGCAACCUAAUGGUUCUUAAUGUGGAGUGGGGAUUUCAGAAUAGUUCAUCUGACUUCACAACAAUCAUCUACAACAUUGGAAAUCACACUUCAGCAAGAACUGGUGUGCUGUUUCGGGGAAAUGUAGAGCUGGGCAGUUUUGAUAUUCUCCUCCAUUCUGUGAAACGUGAGAACAAUGGAACUUACCAGUGCAAAUAUCGACAAGAUGGCAUUUUCUACAAAAAUAUAACAAAGCUUACUGUCCACUCAGCUACACAGACCAGAAGAAACAGUCCCGGUGCGAACAAUAUACAGGUAGAGAUAAAUUCAUCUUGGUGGUUGGCCCUGAUCUCUGUGGCUGCAAUUGUGCUUCUCAUUGUUGCAGUAUUUUUGGGGAGGCUUCUCCGGCGAAAUGAUGUCUCAAUGCAAGAAAUAGAAGAAGUUGAAACCAGAAGUGACACUGCUGACAUUAGAUGCAAGGUCACAAACAAUUCUGUAUCUGUAGGACACACAGAAAGUCAACCCAUAACUAACAAUGCAGACAACAUCUAUGUCACCAUGGUCACAAACAAUUCUGCACCUGUGGAAAACAUGACCAGCAAACCCAACUCUUCCAAUGCAGAAAACAUCUAUGUUACCAUGGGCUACUGUAGAAACAUGGCGGUGACUUCCAUUUAAGGCUACCUGCGGUGUAUGUAGAUAAAUACGGCUCAAUCUAAGCAUGGUUUUCAGGUUACAACAGAUGCUCCAGGCCAGGAUGGAGGAGACGUCUGAUUGAAAGCCACCAGAUGAUCGGCCUGAAUCUACCUUGUGCAACCAAGAUUUUACAAUUUAAGAUACCUGCACAGACUCAGUACAGAUGAGAUGCAUACGCUGUAACAGAAAAAAAAUUGCUUGCAACUUAACCUCCCAUCAUGCUGUUUUGCAUUAAGUUAAAAUAUUUUUAUGCAUUAGAAUUGUAUUAAUCUGUCACAGUAUCAUUCAAAUGAGCAUGAAUGAUGAAGAAAUAAAGUAAGACUCAUGAUAACUUGCUGUUAUCUUAUAUUUUAUCAAUGUAUUUGCUGCAUGGCAGCAGUUUUAUAUUCAGACCCAUGUGGUUAAAGCGAUACGUUCAGACAAAUAUCAAAAUAACCCCAUGAUUUAAUCACCCUCACGCCAUCUGAUAUACAUGUCCAUCAUUUUUCAUUUUAGUUUGUAAAGUUUUAAAUAAUAUUUUUCUUACAAAAAUUCAUUGAUUACCUGCAGAAGACCUUUAUUAACCCCUUUAGAGCCAUGUGGAUUACUUCUGUGAAGCAUGAAUGCACUUUUUUGGGUUGAUCCUUGUUUUCUAGCAUUUUAAAGCAUGGAAGAGCAAGGACAUUUACUAAAAUAACUCCAAAUGUGUUUGUCUGAAAGAUGAUGGACACAUCUAUUUCAGAUUGCUUGAUGGUGAGUAAAUCAUGUGGUAAUUUUGCUUUUUGGUUGGAGUAUCCCUUUAAGGCAGUCGUUAAAUAAACCACCUAAUGAGUUUCCCACAUUAUCUUGUAUAACUCUGUGGUAUGUUUUUGCCCACAUAAUAAAUUGUUUGAAAAACAAAUCACCAUUUCAUUUGUUCGUUGAUUUGUUACUGUAAAUAGCCAUGCAAAAAGCAUAUUAAUAAAACAUCCUACUGCUUUUUGGUAAUAUCUACAACUCUUUUUAUUUACAACUAUUAUAUUUACAACUCUGUUUAAAAAGGCUGUCAAGGAAAUGUAAGAAAGUAAAGAAGUGGUUUAUGGUUUUGGUAUAUGUAUUACAAUUUUGAGAAUUCAGGACCACUUGGUCUUGGGAGAUUGAAUUUUUAAACCACACUUCUUUUACUGCUUAAGUUACAUAUAAGCAAUGAGGGGUUGGAUGCUGUACAUUAGUUGUGUAUGUAAAACCUACGAUAGUUCAGCAUCAUUUUUUACCAUUUGAACACAAACACCUACCACCACCUGUAUCUUCCUCUUAGCUCUUUUCUCCCCUCUGCACUUUGAUGUACAUCAGUGCUGAAGAUGAGGAGAGGUGGUCCUCCUGCAAAAGCCCGCAUGUUUUAGUUUAUCAGCGACGGCCGCGCGAAUUUUCGUAGACCAAUUU